AUGCUACUGCUAGAGCAAUCUGCUGCAAAGGAGAUAGUGGAGGAUGUGAGACUGAUGGUUUUGGCCGAUGUGAAGGAGGUGUUGAUGGAAUCUGCGGAGGUGAUGAUGGGUACAGUUAUGGCGGAGAUGAGGGAGGUGGUGAUGAGGAUGGUGACGGUGGGGAUGGUGAAGUCAGGGAUGGUCAGGGGAAACACAUGGAGAUUCAUAGCAUCACAACAAGAAGAUUUAUCUUUCACGUACAAUGGCUUUCAAGGAGUUCACAUAAGCUUGGAUGGCUUAGCACACAUUACAGACAAUGGCCUCCUUAGAAUGGCAAACGCCGGUAUGGAACAUGGAGGAGAUUUUAGAACAACCAAUGUAGUUGGGGCGUUUAGUCAUCUUGCACCAGAAUUUUUUAAAACUGGCAAAGCAAACCCUUGUGGGGAUGUGUUUGCGUUUGGGGUUUUUUUGCUUGAAGUUGCUUGCGGUAGGAGGUCUGUAGAAACACAUGCAUCAGAAGAGCGUUUUGUAUUGGUGGAAUGGGUGUUCUCAAGUUGGAGUACGGGUACAAUUCUUGAAACUGUGGAUCCCAAAUUGGAAAGGAAUUAUGAAGUGGAGGAGAUGGAAUUGGUGUUAAAACUUGGAUUGCUUUGCUCUCACUCCAUUCCAUCUACAAGGCCAUCCAUGCUACAAGUUGUUCGAUAUUUGGAGGAAGAGCUUCCACUGCCAGAGUUGCCAUCUCAAUAUUUGGGGGAAGAGGUUCUACUGGAUUUAGAGUUUACUAGAAAUACAAUGAGUCGGUCAACAUCGAUUACAAAUUCUCAACUCUCUGUAGGACAUUGA